AUGUGCAACUCAGUCAACGAUGAGGCCCUCCGACAAAUGCCACACAAUACCCACGACGGAAAGCAGGGGCCGAUCGAACUGGCUGCUGGAAGAGGGGCACGCGAGAGGGUGAGCAGUGCAGGUGUGAUCGACGCCGAUGGAGGUGUGGGGUCACUUGGCGCCGCUGCGAUGAGCGGUGGAGUGAGCGGGGAAGAGACUUUGAGGGUGAAACACGGUGAGGCAGCCGAUAAUGUCGGCGGAAGAGAUAAGGGGGAGAGCGGGGGAGGGAUUGCAUCAGGAGAAAAAGAGGAUCAUAUUUCGGGAGGGGUUUCUAAACCUUUGAAGGUUUCUUUCAGGGACAAAGUUGUGGGUUUCAAGAUUGCUAAAGCUUUUUCACUUGUUGAAACUUUAUCGGGAGAUAACAUUACGGUAGUUUCUGGAAAGCAAGGAGAUCUCUUACCACCGAGUGUCACAUUUACCCAAGAAGCUAAGAAUUGCUUGGCAGAACCUUAUAAGGAUGCUAUAGUGAUUAAGGUGCUAGGUAAACAUUAUAGCUACACUGCAUUGUCUCAUAAACUCCGAACGGUAUGGAGGAUUAAGGGAGGUUUUGAUUUAUUGGACGUGGGAUUUGACUACUUUCUUGUGAAGUUUAAUGUGGAUGAGGAGCGAGAAAAGGUUCUCUUAGGAGGUCCAUGGAUGAUUGAGGGAAAUUAUGUGGCUGUGAAGCCUUGGGAUCAAGAGUUUAGAUCAAGUGAAAACUGUUUUGGAGCAACUUUAGUGUGGAUUAGAAUUCCUGGAUUACCAAUUUGGUGCUACCAAGAAGAUGCAAUGCUCCGUAUUGCGGCUGCAGUUGGCAUUCCCGUUAAGGUUGAUUUGGCAACAAAAUUAGCUGAAAGAGGACGAUAUGCUCGAGCCUGUGUUCAGAUAGAUUUAGGAUUGCCAGUGACUGAGAAGAUUCUUGUUGAAGGUGUUGAAUAUGAGGUUGAAUAUGAAAGUCUUCACCUUAUUUGUGGCUCCUGUCUCAAGUUUGGUCAUGAUAUGAAGGUGUGCAAGACUGACAGCAAUGCAGGAGGAGGAACUAAUGCCAAGGUGAUCAGCGAUGUAGCAAAACAGCUAGAAAGCUCAAAUUCAAAAAAUCCAGUGCAUGUGGAAAAGGCAAGUUUUCAUUUUGGCAAGAAUCUUGGAGAUGAGACUGUAAAUGUUACUGUCCCGGAUUUGGUGGAGAGUGAUUUGCAUGCUGUUCAUGUAGACCAUGCACAACAUGAGGAUUUGGAAGGUUGGACUCAAGUGAUUAGGAAAGGAAAGUAUAAAAUGGGUCAAAAGCCUUCUCUUAGUACCCAUCAGGUCCAACCAAAAGCAAAGAAGACUCCUAACAAGGCUACCAGUACUUGGACAAGGCCUAACCACCAACGUACAACACAUGCUACUGGAUCCAAAGUAAAAUUAAGCAGGGGCAUCAAUAUUGAAAAAUCGGUUAGUGUGGCUUCUUCGGGGACCCAGCACAAUGUUCAUCAUCAGCAGCAAUGUGAGACAACAAAUGGCACUGUGCGAAAGCGUCCUCGCCCAAACUCUUUGCAGAAUUCACCAGUAGAUAAGGAUGGAGCAUCGACGGCAGCCUGGAAUGUGAAGGGUGCGUCUAACAAGAUGGCCCGUGUGCAUUGCAAAAAUUUGUUGGGUUUUCAUUGUGUUGGUAUUGAGGAAGCAGUAGGACACAGGGGUGGCAUUUGGUUUCUAUCUUCUAUUGCUAAUGCUUCUUGUGUGGUUAUUGAUCAAAUUGACCAAUGUAUCACAGUGAAAGUGAGUGUGGGCCAUAAUAGACCAUGGAUGGCCAUUGGUGAUUUUAAUGAGAUUGUGGCACCAGAUGAGAGUACAGGUGCUUAUUUUUCUUCUCACAGAGCUAGUCUAUUAGCUACUACUCUAGAUGACUGUGAGCUCUUUGAUCUUAAAGUGACUGGUAGGAGAUAUACUUGGUUUAGAGCAGUUCAGGCUAGCAGGGACUUGGCUAAAAGGUUGGAUAGAGCUCUAGUUAAUGAGGCGUGGAUGUCAAUGUUUCCUGAGGGUUAUUCUGAAAUUCUUAGCAGGCUUCAUUCUGAUCAUUGUCCUAUUUUAGUUCGUUGUCAUGGUAGCCCCAGAGUGAAAGGUUCUCGUCCUUUUAGGUUCCAAGCUGCGUGGGCAACACAUCCUUCUUAUAAACAUGUUAUUAGUAAGGCUUGGAAUCAAGAGUUUGGAGGCGUUACUGAAAGGCUUAAGAUGGUUCAACAGGCUUCUUUGGACUUCAACUCAAAGAUUUUUGGAAAUAUUUUUGUGCGAAAAAAUAAGCUGGAAUAUCAGAUUGAUCAGAUUCAACGGCGUUUAGAGGUUAUCGAUGUGUUAUCUCUGAGAAUUAAAGAAGCUGAACUGAGGGAAGAUUAUAAUAGGCUUUUAUUGCAAGAGGAACUUUUUUGGUACCAGAAAUCUAGAGAGCAGUGGGUCAAGUAUGGGGAUAGAAACACUAAAUUCUUUCAUAUUCAGACUUUGGUGCGUAGAAACCAUAAUAGAGUACAUGGAUUAUAUGUUAGAGAUGGGUCUUGGUCUACUGAUCCAGAUAUUCUCCAGGAAGAAGCCCUCUCUUUUUACAAGAAUCUCUUUGAUACAAUGGAAGAGGUUGAGGUUGAUUGUUUAGGGGAUGUUCCGAUGCCCACUCUAAGCACUGAGGCUUGUGCUAGGUUAAUUGACCCUGUCUCUUUUGCGGAAGUCAAGUCAGCAGUAUUCAGUAUGAGCCCUUUUAAGGCUCCUGGUCCAGAUGGCUUUCAAGCUUAUUUUUUUAAAGAAUAUUGGGAGAUAGUAGGCACUGAGAUUUGGAAUAUUGUCCGGAGCGCUUUUUUGGGAGAGUUCUUAAAUCCUAGCAUCAUGGAAACUCUGAUUGUGCUUAUUCCUAAAAUUGAUAAUCCUACCUUUAUGAAGGAUUUCAGGCCUAUUAGCUUGUGUAAUGUUGUUUAUAAAAUUAUCACCAAAGUAUUGACUAACCGACUUCGGCCUUUUCUUCCAGAUAUUGUUAGUCCUUUACAAGGAGGUUUUAUUCCGGGUCGUGGUGCUCCUGAUAAUAUUAUUGUGGCCCAAGAAAUUUUGAAUUUCAUGAAGCACACAAAAUCCAAGAAAGGUACUCUUGCUUUUAAAAUUGAUCUUGAAAAAGCUUAUGAUAGGGUGGAUUGGAGGUUUUUGGAGAGUACUCUCAUUGCUUUUGGUUUUCCUAUCAUCACUGUUAAUUUGAUUAUGACUUGUGUCCGUGCAUCCUCUCUUUCUAUUAUGUGGAAUGGGAAUAGAUUGGAUAGUUUUGCUCCUAGAAGGGGGCUUAGACAGGGCGAUCCAAUGUCUCCUUACUUAUUUGUGCUUUGUAUGGAAAGACUUGCCUGCUAUAUAUCUCAUAAGGUGGUCGAGGGUGUGUGGAAACCAAUUUCUGUCACUAGGGGUGGCCCAAAAUUUUCUCAUUUGAUGUUUGCAGAUGAUCUCUUACUCUUCUGCCAGGCUACAAAAAGUCAGGUCCAAAUGGUCAUGCAUUCUCUUAACAUUUUUUGCAAGGCAUCUGGCAUGAAAGUGAAUCUUGAAAAGUCUAAAGCUUUUUGUUCUAAAAAUGUGACUGCUCGUAGAAGAGAUAUUUUUACUAGUGUUUCUUCAAUACGUUUUGCUUUGGACUUAGGAAGAUAUCUUGGAGUUAACCUUAAUCAUUCCCGUACCAGUAGGGCUUCUUUUCAUUCGGUGAUUGAAAAGGUAUCUUUUUUUCCAAAUUGGGUUUGCAAUAAAUUAUCUUCUAUGAUGAGACAGUUCCUUUGGAAGGGUCAAGUUGAUGGUAGAGGUCUUUCUCUUGUUAAUUGGAGGACCGUGAUCACUCCAAAAAAAUUUGGUGGCCUGGGUGUUAGAGACCCUGCGUAUGUUAAUAUAUCUUUACUUGGUAAAUUGGUGUGGCAACUUUUUUAUUGUCAGGACAAGCCUUGGGUUGCUCUAUUGAGGGCGAAGUAUCUGAGGAAUGAGGGAGUUUUAGAUGGCCCUGUCCCUUGCAAUGCUUCUCAUGUUUGGAAGAGUAUCUCAAAGGCUUUUGGUGCUCUUAAGGAUGCCUUCUCUUGGUGCAUUGGGUCAUUUAACCAAUCUUUUUGGUUUGACAAUUGGAGUAUUGAGGGCACAAUUGCUCAAGAUGUCCCUUUUGUACAUAUAUCUGACUCUGAUUUAACUAUUAGAGACGUUUGGAAAGAUGGUCAAUGGAAUCUCCAUGAUAUUUUUUCUAUCAUUCCAGAAGAUGUCAAACAGCGUUUGAAUGCUUAUAAUCCGGAUUUGAAUGCUGGAGAGAGUUCGGGUUGGUCGUGGAGUGUGGCAUCUUCUAGACUCUACUCAGCUAGGAGUGGGUACAGUUGGCUAGCCAAAAGAAAGUUUGACUGGAAUGAGCAUGAUAAUUGGUUGUGGGUAUGGCGUCUGCAUAUUCCUGAGAAGUAUAAGUUCUUGAUUUGGCUCAGUCUUCAUAAUGCUAUUCCUACGGCAGAGUUUUGUUUGGGUCGUGGUUUAGCUUUAUCUAGCACCUGUCAUCGGUGUCAGAAUGGUUCUGAAUCCAUUCUUCAUUGUCUUCGGGAGUGCCCUAGUAAAGUGGUGAGUUUGAUUCGUAAUUCAGUAAGGGAGUUUCACACUAUUUUUGCUAUGCAUCAAUCUCUGUCUCCUCCUUCACUUUGUUUGCAUUGGGUUCCACCUCCAGUUCAUUCUGUUAAAUUGAAUUGUGAUGCUAGUUGGUUUGCUCCUUCUGGCUAUGCUGGUUUUGGUUGUAUUAUUCGCAAUCCUAAUGGAUGUUGGUUGAAAGGUUGCACUGGAAAAGUCGAAGUGUGCAGUGUUCUUUUUGCUGAAUUGUAUGCAAUUUGGAGAGGUUUACUUCUUGCUUAG